CCUCCUCUCAGCCCCUUCCUGACCGCGCCCCUCCAGGACCUCCACCUGGAACUGCCAGAGCUGUUCCCGGUGUUGUCAGGAGGGAAGACUGUCUUUCCUUCUCCCACCUGGAGUCCUCCCCUUCUUCCACCUGGAAUUUAGUCUCUCCAGAAUUUGACAUCUUUCCGCUCUUGCCCUCCUCCCGAGUCUUCCGUGGUGGAACCCCUCUAUUCAGAUGUUAACAGCAGUUCCAGAAAGCAUCCAAGGACCCCUUUCUUUCCUUCUGCAUAUUGCUUGAUGGGAGGCAUUAUGGCCCCCAAAGACAUAAUGACAAAUACUCAUGCUAAAUCCAUCCUCAAUUCAAUGAACUCUCUCCGGAAGAGCAACACCCUCUGUGAUGUGACCCUGAGAGUAGAGCAGAAAGACUUCCCUGCCCAUCGGAUCGUGCUAGCUGCCUGUAGCGACUAUUUCUGUGCCAUGUUCACCAGCGAGCUUUCAGAGAAGGGGAAACCUUAUGUUGAUAUUCAAGGUUUAACUGCUUCUACUAUGGAAAUUCUGUUGGACUUUGUAUACACUGAAACUGUACACGUGACAGUGGAGAAUGUGCAAGAACUGCUCCCUGCAGCCUGUCUCCUCCAGCUGAAAGGUGUGAAGCAAGCCUGCUGUGAAUUCUUAGAAAGUCAGUUGGACCCCUCCAACUGCCUGGGUAUCAGGGAUUUUGCUGAAACUCACAACUGUGUUGACCUGAUGCAAGCAGCUGAGGUCUUUAGCCAGAAGCAUUUUCCUGAAGUGGUACAGCACGAAGAAUUCAUUCUUCUAAGUCAAGGAGAGGUGGAAAAGCUAAUCAAAUGCGAUGAGAUUCAGGUGGAUUCUGAAGAGCCCGUCUUUGAAGCUGUCAUCAACUGGGUGAAGCAUGCCAAGAAGGAGCGAGAAGAAUCCUUGCCUGACCUGCUGCAGUACGUCCGGAUGCCCCUGCUGACCCCCAGGUACAUCACAGACGUAAUAGAUGCUGAGCCUUUCAUCCGCUGUAGUUUGCAGUGCAGGGAUCUAGUUGAUGAAGCAAAGAAGUUUCAUCUGAGGCCUGAACUGCGAAGUCAGAUGCAGGGACCCAGGACAAGGGCUCGUCUAGGAGCCAAUGAAGUGCUUCUGGUGGUCGGGGGCUUUGGAAGCCAGCAGUCUCCCAUCGAUGUGGUAGAGAAAUAUGACCCCAAGACUCAGGAGUGGAGCUUUUUGCCAAGCAUCACUCGUAAGAGACGUUACGUGGCCUCCGUGUCCCUACAUGACCGGAUCUAUGUAAUUGGUGGCUAUGAUGGUCGUUCUCGCCUCAGUUCAGUGGAAUGCCUUGACUACACAGCAGAUGAGGAUGGGGUCUGGUAUUCCGUAGCCCCUAUGAAUGUCCGACGAGGCCUCGCUGGAGCCACCACCCUAGGAGAUAUGAUCUAUGUGUCCGGAGGCUUUGACGGAAGCAGGCGUCAUACCAGUAUGGAGCGAUAUGACCCAAACAUUGACCAGUGGAGCAUGCUAGGAGAUAUGCAGACAGCCCGGGAGGGCGCCGGCCUGGUUGUGGCUAGCGGAGUGAUCUACUGCCUAGGAGGAUAUGAUGGCCUGAAUAUCUUAAAUUCAGUUGAGAAAUAUGAUCCCCACACAGGACACUGGACUAAUGUUACACCAAUGGCCACCAAACGCUCUGGUGCAGGAGUAGCCCUGCUGAAUGACCAUAUUUAUGUGGUAGGGGGAUUUGAUGGUACAGCCCACCUUUCUUCUGUGGAAGCAUACAACAUUCGCACCGAUUCCUGGACAACUGUCACUAGUAUGACCACUCCACGAUGCUAUGUAGGGGCCACGGUGCUUCGAGGGAGACUUUAUGCUAUUGCAGGAUAUGAUGGGAAUUCCCUGCUGAGUAGCAUUGAGUGCUAUGACCCUAUCAUCGACAACUGGGAAGUAGUGACAUCCAUGGGAACCCAGCGCUGUGAUGCUGGCGUGUGUGUUCUUCGUGAGAAGUGACCACUGUUGGAGCACCAUCCAGAGCUAGUGACCAGUCCAAGGGGGACAGUUUAUGGGAGAGUCAAGGAUCCUUUCCAGAAUAUCUAUUUCUCACUGUGUGCACAGGAUGAUUACAAGCACCAGCGCAGUGAUGAUUGUACUUACUUGACACACACUCCGCCUUGCGCUGGUAGUUGUCCCUGAGGAGGGUGGGUAACAGACACUCAAGGGAAGACCGUGCACACCGAAUGGAUCUGAGAGGCCAGAUCACCUCUCCUUCUGGUGUAAAGAGCACUCUCGUGUGCUCAGGAGAAUCUGUAUCUGUUGUGCCUCAUGUAUUGCAGAGAAGGAUGGUGAGUGUGACCUACUAGAUGUGGGCAGUAUCCAGCGUGUAGAUGAUUGGAAGGAUACGAACUUGAGUAAGCUGGGUAAAACCCAAGUCUUGUUUUCCAAGAAUAUCUUUCCUAGUCUACAGUAGCUAGGGACAACACAAUUCCAUUCUGGAGAAUAACAAAGGGGAAAGCCGCCUGUCAAAAUCUGGGGGGCUUGGGGAGAGACCUGGCACUUCCUUAAGGGACAGGGUUGGUAUAUCAGGACUGGGUUUAGAGUAAGGGAAGUCAAUGGAAUUUGAUGGAAUGUGAAUGAACCUAGAACACCACUGAAGUAUAACCUGGAAGACUUACAAGGGUGUAUUAUUGGAAGGAUCUUUUUAUUUCCCCAUGGUCUUUCUGAACUAGAAUGGUGUGCAUCUUGGCACUGGAGACUGACAGAAUAAGAGAGAACAAAUGUUGGGGUGAACAGAUAACAGAAUAAAUGUGGGAGUUCGCUAUGCCUGGGAACAAACUAGAAGUACCUGUGAUUUUACAGUCGUCUCAUUUCCUGCCAGGGCUCGCCUAUCCAUGGCAUGGUUUGCCCUGAGUGGGUGAGACACUCUUUCUGUGUUGAAUCAAAUACUACUACGCUAUUAUACUUCGUUACUAUUUAUUUGAGGAUGGGGUGGGGUGCAGCGGCCUACAAAUGCAGCUGCCCGAUUACGGCCCCGUUUCUUUUAAGGGCACACUCCUACUGAGGAGUGCUUUUUUACUGCUGUGUUUGGUACAAUGAGUGCUUUUCCUACUAGAAAGUUCCCUCACCUGUCCUUAGAGUGGAUUUUACUCAUCCCAGGACAGAAUAAUCAAGAACAACCAAAAUCCUUCUGUUAGUUCCAGUACUUGGUAUUGCCAUUUCUGAGCCACCAUGCAAGGCUCCCCUGUGUUUUGGAGUGAAAUUCUUGAUUUUGUGGGUAUUGGGAGUGUUGGGGAUGUGAUAACCUAAACAAGGAUGCACUUUCCCUUUAUUCCAAAAUUCCAUUUUUUCCUCUUUCCCUGAGUUGUAUUGACCUCAAGAGUUCAUUUCCUUUGUAUUUUUUUAAGAAAAUAUUAAAAAUCAAUUGUCUCAAA